AAAGGCGGCGGCGAAAGAGCGGGCCGGGCGGUUAUUCUUCGGGGACGGUCUUCAGGAGAGGAAGAGGCGCUUUGCGGACUCGGAACGGUUCUCACUGGAAGGAAGCAUGAGGGGCGAUAGAGGCCGUGGUCGUGGAGGGCGCUUUGGCUCUCGCGGAGGCCCUGGCAGUGGGUUCCGGCCCUUUGUGCCUCACAUCCCUUUUGACUUCUAUGUGUGUGAGAUGGCUUUCCCUCGUGUGAAACCCGCUCCGGAUGAGACGGCCUUCAGCGAAGCCUUGCUGAAGAGGAACCAGGACCUCGCUCCGACGUCUGCCGAACAGGCGUCUAUCCUUUCUCUGGUGACCAAGAUUAACAACGUGAUUGAUAACUUGAUCGUUGCUCCAGGGACGUUUGAAGUGCAAAUCGAGGAGGUCCGCCAAGUGGGGUCCUACAAGAAAGGCACCAUGAUGACGGGCCACAACGUGGCAGACCUGGUUGUGAUCCUGAAAAUCUUGCCCACGCUGGAAGCCGUGGCUGCCUUGGGAAACAAAGUGGUGGAGAGCCUGAGGACGCAGGAUCCGGCCGAAGUGCUGACCAUGCUCACCAACGAGACGGGUUUUGAGAUCAGCUCUGCCGACGCGACCGUGAAGAUCCUCAUCACCACGGUGCCCCCCAACCUCCGCAAACUGGACCCAGAGCUGCACUUGGAUAUUAAAGUCCUGCAGAGCGCUUUGGCAGCGAUCCGGCACGCCCGCUGGUUCGAGGAGAACGCCUCUCAGUCCACCGUGAAGGUCUUAAUCCGCCUGCUGAAGGACCUCCGGAUGCGCUUCCCGGGCUUCGAGCCCCUCACGCCUUGGAUCCUCGACCUCCUGGGGCAUUACGCCGUGAUGAACAACCCGACCCGGCAGCCUUUGGCACUCAAUGUGGCCUACAGGCGCUGCCUCCAGAUCUUGGCCGCAGGGCUCUUCCUCCCCGGAUCGGUCGGCAUCACCGACCCCUGCGAGAGCGGCAACUUCCGGGUCCAUACAGUCAUGACCCUGGAGCAGCAGGACAUGGUUUGCUACACGGCCCAGACUCUGGUCCGCAUCCUCUCUCACGGCGGAUACCGGAAGAUCCUUGGCCAAGAAGGGGACGCCAACUACUUGGCGACCGAAAUGUCCACCUGGGACGGGGUGAUUGUGACCCCGUCAGAGAAGGCCUACGAGAAGCCUCCCGAAAAGAAGGAAGGGGAGGAGGAGGAGGAGAACCAGGAGGAGACGCCGACUGGGGAGGAGGAGGAGAGCAUGGAGACCCAGGAGUAGCAGCCACUCGCUCGGCAAGUGGGAUUCUCCCUUCCCUUCAUUACGUGAUGGACGAACCAGCUGACGGAAGCCGUAGUUCAGGACCAAGCCUGUGUCCUCUCGUUAUUUCUAUGGUUGUUGUUUUUAUAGUUCCCAUUAAAAUGGUGUUUGCCUUUGAAA